GACACGUUUAAUGAUAAUAACGACGAGUAUUAUAACGAUAAGUGUUUCCUGACGUCUCUCUUGCAGUCUUCAGACGAGAGGCUGUCGUUUGAGUCCCGAAACGGCAAAAGUGAGGUCUGGAGUCGUUUUGAGCGCAUUUUGUUCAAUCAUUUGGAGACCUCUUAUGUGAAGUGCAAACAAUGCGAUGCCAUUCAGAAGCAGACAUCAAAUACCGGAACCACUCCUCUCUUGAGACACAACUGUAACGCCAAACGAAGACUCACUGAUUGUCACUCAAGAGGUGCUAACAAUUCCAACACUUUUAAUGCGAUCCUGAGGUCUAAGAAGUGUUUGACAGUUGAGGACAAGAUUCGGGUCGAGAAUCAAACGCUCAAACAUUUAAUCAAGAAAUGCUUGGAUGUGAUCGACAAAUGUCUUUGCGUUAAGAGAAGCGUUAUAUUUGAGAAAAAACAAAUCAAUGUCUUAAUUAAAGGAUACAAUGAAUGGUUAUUUGAGAGCCAAGAGUUGGAUCAAUUGGACGACAAUAAAGAGGAGUUUGAAAAUAUGUUUGAUAACUGUUUCGAUUCGGGCCUCAAGUUAAGGACCAAUGAAUGUGAAGAUCAGUUAGACUUUGACGAGGAUUACAAUCAAACGAAUGAAUCAAAACACAAACGAUUAUUGAUCUCAAGAAGAAUGAAAGCCAACAGUUCUAUAGCGGCCUCCAAACUGGUGAUGAAGAAGUAUUAUCGGCAAAAAUCGGUGAUCGCGAGUGAGCCUAUGAUCUGCGAUUGGCCCGAAUGUGGCAAACAGUUCCGCAAUAGUCAUAACUUCCAACAACACCGCAACAAACAUAUGGGGAUUCAUAAAUACGGGUGCGAUUGGCCCGGCUGUGAAGAGACGUUCGCUAAAAAAGUCAAUUACGAAAUGCAUAUGAGUUUACAUACAAAUGAAAAGAAAUUCAAAUGUGAUUUUCCAGACUGUCAUUACGAGUCCUGUCGUAACAAUCUACUUCAAAGACAUAUGAAGGUUCAUACGGGAGAAAAGCCCUUCAAGUGCGAUUGGCCCGGAUGUGAGUUUCGGACAUCUAAUAAAAACGGCUUAAGACAUCAUAACUACAGACAUACGGGAGAGAAGCCCUGGAAAUGCGAUUGGGUUAGCAGUGAUGGCAAUCCAUGCAACUGGUCUUUCCGUCAAUCAACGCAUUUGAAGGCUCAUAGACUUAAGCACACGGGAGAGCGACCGUAUCGGUGCGAAUGGCCUAAUGGUAUUUGUGAGCGCAAGUUUGCCUCCCGUCAAGCCAUGAGAUUUCAUUCAGAAAAAUCUCAUAAUUAUAUUGUCCCU